GUUCCCUCUCUUCUACAGCCGCCAUUGUGGUGACAGGAUUGUGGACUGAAAAUGUCGUCUCACAAGACUUUCAGAAUCAAACGCUUCUUGGCCAAGAAGCAGAAGCAGAACAGGCCGAUUCCACAGUGGAUCAGAAUGAAGACUGGCAACAAGAUCAGGUACAACUCCAAGAGGAGGCACUGGAGGAGGACCAAGCUGGGCUUGUAAGCACGCGGCCCUUCUCUUUGGCAUCCCCUGUAUCGAAUCCUUGCCAGAAACACCAACUUGGCCCAGCCCUGGAGAGUCGCCAUGUAAUCUGGAACAGCAGUCUCUCUUUUGUACAGACACUCUGGUUAUGCUCAUGUGGAACAAUAAAUCAGUUGUGAUUGGACCAGA